AUGUCUGAUAGGUUAAGCAGUCAAGAAUUCAAAAAUAUGUCUGAUAGGUUAAGCAGUCAAGAUUUGAUCAAACUUGAACACACUUAUGGAGCCCACAAUUACCAUCCGAUUCCUAUAGUCUUUUCCAAGGGUGAAGGUGCUUUUGUGUGGGAUCGAGAAAAUAAUAUGUAUUUAGAUUUCUUGUGUGCCUAUUCUGCUGUAAACCAAGGUCAUUGCCACCCAAAAAUUGUAAAAGCCCUUUGUGACCAAGCUCAAAAGCUUUGCUUGAGUUCUAGGGCGUUUUAUAACGAUGUCUUCGGGACAUACGCAAAAUAUAUCACUGAGUAUUUUAAUUACUCAAUGGUACUUCCGAUGAAUACGGGAGCUGAGGCCGUGGAGACGGGGAUCAAACUUGCUCGUAAAUGGGGUUACCUUAAGAAGAAUAUCCCAGAGAAUGAAGCAAUUAUAUUAACUUGUGAGGGGAACUUUCAUGGUCGUACCACAACAGUAAUAUCUAUGUCGUCCGAUCCGGACUGUCGCGUAGGGUUCGGUCCAUAUAUGCCACUAGUUGGACCUGUUUGUCCAAAAACUGGACGGACAAUAAAAUAUAAUUCAAUUGAGGAUUUAGAGGCUGUGUUGGAGGCAAAUCCCGUAAAUGUACCUGACGACGGGUACCUGAAAAAGUGCUCAGAUCUCUGCAAAAAAUAUAAUGUACUCUUGAUCGUGGAUGAAAUUCAAACAGGUUUAGGUCGUACUGGCAAGAUGCUUUGUCAGGAAUAUGACGGAGUUAGAGGUGAUAUUAUCCUGCUAGGAAAGGCACUUUCCGGUGGAGUGUAUCCUGUUUCCGCCGUCUUGGCCGACAAAGAAAUCAUGUUAUGCAUCCAACCUGGUGAGCAUGGUUCUACUUACGGUGGUAAUCCAUUGGGUAGUGCGGUCGCAAUUGCCGCACUUGAAGUAAUAAAAGAUGAACAUUUAGUAGAAAGAGCUGCUUCGCUAGGAGAAAUGUUCCGCGAAGCUAUUCGCCAAAUUGAUUCGCCACUUAUUAAAUGUGUUAGAGGUCGGGGAUUACUAAAUGCUUUAGUAAUCAAUGAAGGCGUAUGCGACAAAAACGCAUGGCAUUUAUGCCUAUUACUCAAAUCACGUGGUUUGUUGGCGAAACCCACUCAUGGUAAUAUGAUUCGCCUUGCACCAGCUUUAACCAUCAAGGAAGAAGAUCUGAUGAGGGGAGUUAAGAUUAUAGAAGAGGCAUUGAGAGAUAUCGUUGCCAUGAAC